CAUUAAGAAAACAAAAUUUAAAAAAAAAAAAACCAAGAAAACAUAUUCAACAUCGAAUCGUGAGAGAAUGCAGGCCGCUAAGGAGAAGGCUAGCAACGUUGCAGCAUCGGCCGUGGCUGGCGCGGAGAAAACCAAGGCCACCGUCCAAGAGAAGGUGGAUAAGAUGAAGGCACACGACCAGGCAGAUAAGGCGGCGGCGGAGCAACGCAAGGAAGAGCGAAAGCAGGAGGCGGAGGCGAAGAAAGAAAUCAGAAAGGAUGAGAAUGCGGAGGCAAGGGCCACUGCCCAAUCCGGCGUGCACCACGCCACUGCCGGGUACGGGUCAGGCAACACAGUGACCCGAACCCCGGUAGCCCGUGAGAGGACCGUUGAGGGGAACAACCCGACGGCAUACGGGGCAUAAUGACCGGAUUGUCUUCGGAAGGAAGGGGAGCCGAUGAUACUUUAUAUCUGGCUCCGUUGUGUUUUUUAUGUUCCGGCUUUGCAUUUUUAUUAGGAAAAUAAGGAGGGGUUUUUUCUUUUUUUAUUGGAUGCAGU